CUUUCCGUGUAAUCGUGUGGCUACGUGUGUUUGUUUUGGGAUACACGAUAACGCAUUGCGCAGCGGCGCGCGUAUAUUGGCUCAGUGUGAAUAUUUUAUCGUCGUCGCUGCACGAUAUUAAUAUUUCUCGCGAAAAGCAUUAGCGAGCUCGGAGCUGGUUUUUUCAUCAGUAUUAAAAGUAUUAACCCAGAGGCUGGAACCAACAAGGUUGACAAAAAUGAAGACGUUGUUAUGUUUCAUCGCGUUGUUUCAAACGAUUCUGGCUCUGUAUUCUCCGCUCGUCACGUACAACCAGUGGAAGUAUUUCGAUUAUGAUUGGGACACUGUCGAUCAGAAGAAUUUCUAUUUAAGGAAUAAUUUGUACGACGCUAGAAAUAUGACGCCGAUCGACGUCGACGAGUCUCCCGACGGUCGUGUAUUCGUGACGAUAAUUAGAGCUCCUGGAGUACCAGCGAGUGUCCACACAGUUUCUAGCAGAAACGGACCCGGAGGGCCUCUUUUGAAACCCUAUCCCGAUUGGUCUUGGUACAGUAACCAGUGCAGCGGUAUAACCAGCGUUUAUAGAGUCGCUAUAGAUAAAUGCAACAGAAUUUGGAUUCUGGAUACUGGAAUGAUCGGCGACGAUCACGUGUGUCCCGCUCAGUUAUUGGUGUUCGAUUUGGCUACCAACAAGUUGAUUCACAGACAGACGAUACCCGACCAAAUAGCGCGAAAUCGAAACGGAGCUGGCCGACUCAUAACUCCAAUCGUCGAAUUGGAUGGAAAUAAUUGCAACCAAUUUAAUGUAUACAUCGCCGACGUGACCGGUCAUGCUCUGAUCGUGUGGAACGGCCGCGAGUUUCGUCGCAUCGAGGGCGACGUGUUUCAGCCCGAGCCCCAGAACUCGCAGUACAGCAUCGCGGGCGAGAGCUUCUACCUGGCCGACGGCAUACUGGGCAUGUCCAUCUCGCCCUGGACGAAGCUGGGCGACCGAUUUUUGGCCUUCAAACCGUUGGCUUCCAAAUCGAUGUACCUCACAACCACCAAAGAGAUUCAGAACAAUUUCAAUAAUCCUCAGAACAUACAGUACAUUAGGGGUAGAUACGUGUUGCCGAGUCAAGCCUCGGCGAUGGCUUUCUCGUCGACCGGAGUUCUGUUCUUCGGUAUGACGCGAGAAAUCGGCGUCGGUUGUUACAAUAUCGAGAAUCCUUUGGUAUCACAAAAUAUGCAAAGCGUCAUCACGGAUUACGACAGACUUCAAUUCAUCAGCGGAAUGAAAGUCAUCAAUCACACUCCGGAUCCGAAAAACGACAAAUUAGUCAUGAUGUCGAAUAGACUACAGAAAAUCUACGCUGGAACGAUGGACUUCCGAGACGUAAAUUUCAGAAUCACCUUAGCACCGGUCAAUCAGCUGAUCAAGGGUUCCAUCUGCGAUCCGAAUUUCACGCCAUACAGAAGUAAAAAUUGAAUAAGAGAUUC